AGUUCGCAAACGAAGAGGAAAAAAAUUGGACUUUCUCCCCUUUGUGGAGAAAAAGGGGGAGAAAAUAUUUCGCGAUGAUCCAAUCGAUCGUUUUCUCCUUCGAUUCUAUCCGCGCAGCGGAUGCUUCGUGCCGCGUCUUCGUGGAGUAAGAAGAGGAGACGACGGCAACGAAGGAGGAGAGAUUUUUAGAAUCUUCUUCUACUUCUUCUUCUUCUUCUCCCUUCUUCUGGUCGAUCGCCGCCGAUUCCCAGCAUUUUCCAUGGAUUGAUCGGGUGAUUGAUGAGCGGCGAGCGAUCGGCAUGGAGUCUGUGGCGAAUCAUGGCCCCAAAGUGGUGAUCUCCAAUCCGGGGGAUUGGGAGGCGCUCUACAGGCCUCUGCCGUUCCUCUUCUUUGGAUUGCUGCUCAUCUGGACGACCCUGGUGGGAAUCUGGACGCUCAAUACAUGGAGGAAGCGGCAAUGGCAGACGAGCAAUCUCCAAUGGAUCCUCACUGCCGUGCCUGUGCUCAAAGCUCUGGUCCUGGCGCUCUCGUUCGCGUUCUGGUAUUCGUGCCUCCACCUGGGGACGUGCUCCUUCUGGGUCGCGUUUGGCGUCUUUGUGACGCGCAUUUUUUUCGAGACGGCGUGCUUCAUCUCGUUCCUCCUCAUCUCGCACGGCUACUGCAUCAUGCACGAGCAGCUCUCCAUCUCGGAGAGGAGAAGCAUUGCUGGGCUCGGCUCGCUGCUCUACCUCACGCUCACCGGAUACAAGGCGGCUGUGCCACAGUUCGCGAUAUUAGUGGUGCUGAUCUACUUGGUGCUCCUUUACGUCAUAUUUCUCCAUGUGUCGAGGAAUCUGGCAUUGCUAAGGGAGCAGCUCCAACUUAUUCAGAACGAAGGCGUUCAUACGAUGCACACGGCUCUGUACACCAAGUACACUAUGUUCAAGAAGUUCCAAGCUGCGAUGCUGACAAUGGUCGUUGCGGAAGUGUUGAUGCAUGCCAAGGCGGAUGGGGUUGCGAAUGAAUACUGGAUGAGACUUCUUGUUCGGGAGUGGACGGAAAUUGGUAUCUUUUCUUAUAUCGGGUGGACUUUUAGAGCUAGAGAAACAACACCCUUUUUUACUGUGAUUCCCACGUUGCACUCGGGGAGAGAGUCUAUGCUACCUCCUAUUUACAGCAUCGAGAUGAACGAAAAGGACUUCAACACGCUGAGUUUCAAAGAGUGGCACAUUGGAGUGCCAAUGUCUUUGGCUAAAUGCGGUGGCAACCAGAAGCCGAUGCUCGUGAUUGUCCAAAAUCCGAGCGUCUCGGAGGCUCUUGAGAACCCAAAUCCAGGAGCAGCCACGGCAGCCACAGCAGCGGCGGCAUUGACGAGCCCCCGAAGCUCCUCGAUGGAUUUUUGUAGCUGUGCUACUGGCGCCCCUUCCUCCGGCCACGACCAGGAAGAAGAACUAUUGUCACAAGAGUCGCAAGAGUCGAUCUCUACCGAGAAGCACGCAUUGGUAGCGGCAGCAUCGACAGUAGCACUGGCAGCCGUGGAUGGCAAUAGCCACCACCACCACCACCAUUUCCUACAUAAGUUUCACGGUGGAGUCCAUCACCACCACCACCACCACCACCAUCACGAAACUGAGGUUUCCUCGUCGAUGAUGAUCUGUGAUCACAGGACAUACAGCAGGGGGAUGAGAAACGCGGGCAGCAGCGCCGGUUUUACCAAUCUCAGGUUCACUUAAAUUUUAAACAUGCAGAAUAUCCCAUUAUCAAAUGAAUAUUCUUUUGAAAAUGGUGGAAUAUUAUAGAUUAUUCCAAUUUUGUUUGACGUGACGCACUGCUCUGGGCCGGAGCACGUCCUCGACCAGCUCCUCCAUCGUCGCCCUCUCAUCUGUACUCCUUCAUGUAGAUCGUAAUCUAUUCGUAAUCCAUGAGACUUCCCCA